AUGAGUGGAUUUUUUGCAUCUCUUCCAAAUUUUCCAGUUCAUCAACAUCAACAAGCUUUUACAGUAAAAUUAAAAUCACAUGCGACACAUCUAGCGACGAAAUGGCGUAAUCGUUUAUUAUCGUCUACGACUGAAUUACGUCUUGAUGAUCAAUCAUUGAUCAACCAGACAGAUGACGGAGAAUUUGAAAUAGCUGAUGAUGAUGACAAUAAUGAAACAGCAGUUGAUCUUAAUAGUAAUGAUGGUUUUUCCUCAAAUGAUACUUACGAUGAUGAUGAUGAACAAGAUGAUACUCGAAAUUUAAUAAAUACAACAAAAGAAGAAUUUUCUGGAAUGAAAGCUUUUAAUAUCAUAUAA